AUGGAUAUUAAUAAACUAGUCAGUAAGAAUCAAUCCAUCAAAAUAGUUCCCUCCGUAGAAGAUUCAUUGAAGUCCAUAGGUCUUAAUGUUAAUCUUGAUGACAAUUCCAAAUUAUGGUUAGAACAACUAAGACUUACUUGGAAGACAUGGAAAAAGAGUCCAGCAAUCGCAUCUCACAUUGAAACAUUUCUUCAGUGUUCACCAGAACCCUACAGAAUAGCUUUAGUUUUUGUGAUUAAAUGUGAUGAUUACAAAGAUUGCAAGCCAAAAACUUUACCAUACUUCAUUGUUGAAACUUUAUUGAAAUGGUCAGAGACAAGUGGGAUUGUACCAGUUGAAAAUUUGAAAUUGCCAGCAUUCCAUAUAGCUGUCCAACAGAGAAACAACCAUUUCCUUGGUCUGAUGGUGAAAACUUAUAAACUAACUACAAUUAAAGAACAAAUUCUACCUUUUGUGAAAGAUAUGGUUAGUAAAGAUAAUUGCAAGCAAGCUUCUCAAAUAGUUAUAUGCAUGAAUUUAUUUGAUGACAUACCUGUAGAAGACCUGAUAUUUCCCCUUAUACUACAAGAUAAAUCAAAUUUGAUUGAUGAGUAUCUAAACGAGUGCCCCAAUCAAGUAAAGCCAUUGCUAAUAUUUCUAGACAAAUUAUUAGACAAAUCAAUUAAUAUCCGAGAUUAUGUACAGAAUUAUACUCUUCACAAUAAGAUUUCACACGUUAGAUAUGAUAAACUACACUACAAGCCACUUGGCAAAUUAGUAGCCCGCCUAUGCAAUAAGUUUAACAUUCCUAUAGAAACAUGUAAGAAUCUCAGUAAAAACCGUACAACUGGUGGUUUGAGAUAUUUAAUACAUCAAAAAUAUCAAGAACACAAUGUAAGUUCAUCUGUCUGGGAAGAUCUAGUGAAAGACUCACUGAAACAAAACGCUGGCUCUGGUCAAGAAUUCAUUGAAAUGUUAGUUGAAUAUGACCGUAAUGAAGCUCUAAAGUGGGCUUCAUAUUUGAAUAUGGCAGAGAGUGAGUUACCACUUGCACUUAAAGAAUUGUCUUUAAAUGAAGAUAUUGUGGAAGAGAAUUGGGAUACCCCCGGUGAUGAUGCAUCUCAAACUCCCCAAGAGUAUUACAAAUUGUGUUUACAGGAAGAUCAGAUAACAAUCAUAGAUACAGGAGAAAAGUUCUAUGAUCUAAUGAUAUCAGAUAUUGUCAAAAGCAGUAUUGUAAGCAUUGAUUGUGAGUGGAAGCCAUCAUUUGGUGCUACGCAAUCCCAAGUAGCAUUAAUUCAAAUUGCCACUACCAACAAAGUUCAUCUCAUAGAUACUCUACAAUUGAAUAAACCAGAGUAUAUAAGUUUUUGGUACACUUUUCAUAAAUCUUUUCUGGAUAAUGCAGAGAUAAUUAAAGUAGGAUUUGGACUAGAACAGGAUUUGAAAGAAAUAAAAUCAUGUGUAGUAGGAUUGGGAAACAUUAAAGUACAAGGUGAAGGCCUGUUGGAUCUUGGGACGCUGUGGAGGAGUCUGCUUAAUAAUGGACUUUCAUUACCUGGUACCAGUGCCACUGCAGGGAAUAGCCUCAGUUGCCUAGUGCAAAUAUGUUUUGGACUACCUCUUGAAAAAUCAGAACAAUGUUCUAACUGGGAACUGAGGCCAUUGAGAAGUACCCAAAUUCAAUAUGCAGCCCUUGAUGCUUAUGUGCUUAUACAGUUGUAUGAAUACCUUCAAAAACUCUGCUUAGAGCAACAAAUAAAUUUUGAGGAAAUAUGCAAUGAUGUAAUGUUAGAAAGUAAAAAGAAAUGCACAAAGAAAGCCAAAGUUGUAGACAGACUACAGUCUAGUAUACCAGUGGUACAAUUAAGAUCAGUUCAUGAGGUAAAAUUCUUAGUGGAACCCUUGUUAUCUUAUUUAAUGCCUCAUUUAAGUAAAGAUUUAAAAAAAAUAACUGUAGAUGAUGUUGUCAAAAUGUGUACUGAGUACCAAAGAGUGACGGUAGCUAACAAUGUUAAUAAUGCAGACAGGUAUGGCUAUGAAGAAGAUGACAUGGCAUAUUUGGACAAUUUUCUCAGUGAUUCCGAUUGUGAUGAUUUAGAGUUAUAUCAACCAGUUGUUUAUUCUAAACCGAAUUUAACAACAAGUAAGGGUGUUACAAUUGAAAUACAUAAUGCAAGUGAACUAUCUGCUUCAAAGAAAGCUGCAGUUUUAUGUGAAGAAUGUGGUAAAUUGUUUUGGGAUGAAGACAAACACCUAAAACCAGUUGCAGAGGUAGUUGAAAAUUUUAAGAAGCUUAAGAUAUGGUAA